AUGCUGUAUUUAGUCCUUACCCUCCUUGCAUCUUCCAGAUUUGUUGUUUCUGACGACUGUAACGAGUUUUAUACCGAUAGCGGUGUGAAUAAUGUACAAUAUGACAACCCUACGGAGACCCAUUCUAAUCUCACAGUUGGCGAAUGUACCAAGAUUUGUAUGAAAUUACAGAAGACUGACCAAUGUCUAUCGUAUGGGUAUCAAACCAUUACCAAGGAAUGUUACAUCUACAACCAGUUUGCUUCUGUUGGUGAUGAAACAAAGCCUUCUGAGGGUCUCGUCUUUUUUUGGACUUAUUCAAGACCUUGCCCGCUUGAUAAAGGUUAUGAAUUGAUAGGAAGUGAUGGAUCCUGUGUAAAAUUUUAUAAUCUGGAAUUAAAUGGUUGGGAAGCAAAAGAACACUGUCGCCGGGAAGGCGGUCAUCUGAUGAUAAUGAAUACUGAAGCCAAACGACAAUAUCUUAUUUCUAAAUAUACAUCAUACAAAGAGUAUGUCUAUGUUGGUGGAACUGACGUGCAUGAGGAAGGGAACUGGUUAUGGUUCGAUGGAAGAAAGAUAGACAAAUUUUGGAUGGAAGGAGAACCGAAUAACUUUGGUCACGAAUAUGGUGAAGGGGAAGAAUGUCUUCAAUUGAGACAUGAUUUAUCUGGAGAUAAAAAAUUCGAUUCAGUUCUCAAUGACUCGGGAUGUUCUUCUAGACAUAAAUUGGCCUGUGAAGUGCCUCAACCUAAACAAAGAUUUAAUUAUUAACACUGAUUCAAUGUUUUAUUAUCCCACCAGUUUGAACCCUAUUUAAUAUACUGCUUGUUGUAAAUUAUAUUGUUAAAGAAACCCCAUAGUAUGAUGUUUGUAAUAAAUCAUUUAGUUGAAAAACCUUAUUUUAAGAAACACUAUUAUAUGUAAUAAUUAUAGUAAAUAAUUUAGUAAGAGAAACCUAAUAAGUAUGAUGUCUGUUAUAAACUAUUUAGUAAAAGAAAGCUAUGAAAUAUGAUGUCUAUUGUAAAUCAUUUAGUAAAAGAAACGUAUGGAAUGAUGAUUGUUGUAAAUCAUUUAUUGAGAAAAACCUAUUAAGUAUGAUGUCAGCUGUAAAUCAUAUAGUGAGAGAAACCUAAGGAAUGUGAUGUCUGUUGUCAAUCAUUUAUAGAAAAAACCUAUGGAAUGAUGCAUGUUGUAAAUCAUUUAUUGAGAGAAAGCUAUGGAUGUGAUGUCUCUUGUAAAUCAUUUAGUAAAAGAAAGCUAAGGAAUAUGA